AUGCCUAUACACUUCAAGUUGAGCAGUGAUCAGAAGGCAGAAACUGAAGAAGAAAGAAGGGAGAUGGAGUUAAUUCCCUACUCUAAUAUUGUUGGGAGUCUAAUGUAUCUUAUGAUAUGCACGAGGCCAGAUAUAGCCCAUGCUAUCAGCACAACUAGCCGUUACAUGGCUGGGUUUAGCAGACAACACUGGAAUGCCUUAAAGUGGUCACUGAGGUAUCUUGGUGGAGCAAGUAAGCUGGGAAUUCUGUUCUCAGGUGGAGGUGAGGUAGAAGAAGAGCCUUUGGUGGGGUAUUGUGAUUCUGAUUAUGCCUCAAGCAUUGACACUAGAAGGUCUCAGACAGGGUACAUUUUUACACUAUUUGGAUCUGCAAUAUGCUGGAAGUCGAGCUUGCAGAGUGUAGUUGCGUUGAGCACAACCGAGGCUGAAUAUAUGUCUCUUACAUCGGCUGUGAAAGAAAGCAAAUGGCUGCUGGGACUUGUGUCAGAAUUUGGAGUUGUGCAAGAAGGAGUAACAGUUUUUUGUGACAAUAGUGGAGCGAUAUGCCUUGCAAAACAUAAAAUGUUUCAUGAACGUAGCAAGCACAUUGACGUGAGGCUACACUUCAUCAGGGAUGAGGUUGAAAGUGGUAGAGUGAGGGUGAAGAAGAUUGACACCGCACACAACCCGCUGAUAUGCUUACAAAGCCUUUAA